UCGGCGAAAGCUCUCAGCAUCCGCAACCCCCCUCCGUGCAGCAGAUACGAGAGCUUUCAGAAGCUCUUUUUCUAUUCCUUCUCACUGCGACACUACACGACACGUAAUCAUUGAAAGAAAAAAAAAGUUGAUAUAAGAGGAAGAUUUUUCCGCGUUGAUAAAUUGAUAUCAUUGAUAAGAAUAAAAGUUAAUAAGAAAAUAAUCAUGAAAAUCUUAAGAUUUAUUCCGGUUUUGAUAAAAAGUUGUUGUUUUAAUUUAAAUUAAAGUGGAGAAUAACUUUGGGAAAAGGUGAAAAUAAACAAAUAAUUAAAAUGAAGAGAAAGAAAGUGUGAACAUUAAAGUGAUCUUGAAAAACAGUUAAAAUAUCAAUCAAAAAAAAAAAUAAUCCUAAUAUAUAAUUAAAACAUUUUUGCCCAAUAUUUUAAUACAAUGUUAAUCUCAAGGAGUUAAUCGUAAUGAAAUGUACCUGAUUGAUAAAGAAACAUAGUAAAAGAAGAAAGAUUAUUUUCGAAUGUAGCAAGAGAUAUUAAUAUUUUUGGAAGCUUGUGGAAGAAGAGAUUCAGUAUUUUCAGACAGAAAAAAGAAUUUACCUAAUCAAGAACAGUGGUUAUGCCUGUUGAAACUGCUUCGGCGAGCUUUAGGAAAAAUAGUCUUUUUCAAAAAGCUGGGUUCAAAGUUAUCGCUUGGUUAAGACGUCUUCGUUUACAGAACGAUGGACCUGGAAACGCCAACGACGGUGAAGUCCAAUUGGAUGAUGAAUGCGCCAAAGUAUUCGCCAUGGAUUCCGAUACAAGAUUCGACGUUGAACAACUUCACGAUUCACCACCGGGAGAAAGAAAAAAUUUUGGUGAAAACGAAUACUCGUUGCAUCGUAAAACAAAUUACCCUCAUAUGCACGCUCCUAUCAAACCUCCAAAAUCGACGAAACGACGGGGAAGUCAACAAGAUGCAGAAGAAGACGUCGGAGGUGGUCAAGAUACACCCUCUGUACAAUCUCCAGAUUCAAAUACACUAACUUCCGGUACAACUCAUACGCCAACGAGUGUCCGAUCGCCCGUUUGUAAAAUCACCGAUUCCGAUACUGGAUUGCUAUCCUCAUUUACAGUCGCCGAAGAGGAUGACACAGCAUUAAGUUCCGGCUCGGAGUACAUACUUUCAGAUCCGAGCAGUUUCCGUAGUCCUCCGGAUGAAUCCCCUGACCGGAAGGUACAAUUUCAUAAUAACAAUGGAACAAUUCCCGAGGAUUCCCAAAUCGAUGGAAAUGAUGAUAAGAAACAUCGACGAAGUUUUUAUAAAUCACAUUCGAUACAUCAUCCUCGAUGCCGUCACCAUCACACGCACCAUUCCAAGCUUCGAAAGUAUUCGCUUCCUGAUGAUCCUAACAGAGGGAAGACGAGAAGGGUUUCCACCCAACCCGAAGAUUUAAAUUUAAAAGGUGCCGAUAGAGAUCAAUUGGAAAGUCAUCGAUCUGAUGAUCCACGAGCUUUACGAAGACAUAAAGCACGAGCAAGCAACGCUGGGUUGGUUCAUGUUGGAAGAAAAGAUGGGGUGGAAACUAUGCAGAGUAUUUAUUUCAAGAAGAUGUACGAUCACAGUCCGCACGCGAUAUUCGUUCAACUCGACGAAUUAGACGAGAACCAGGACGACAGUAAAGAAUGGAAAGAAACGGCAAGAUGGAUAAAAUACGAAGAAGACGUAGAGGAAGGUGUCGAUCGGUGGGGAAAACCGCACGUAGCGUCGUUAAGCUUCCAUUCCCUUCUCAAUUUGAGAAGAUGCUUGGAAGAUGGAUUAGUUAUUUUGGAUAUGGAAGAAAAGGAUCUUCCGGGAAUCGCUUACAGAAUUUCGGAGGAAAUGUACAAAGAAGAUUUAAUCACGGAAGGUGACAAAGCGAAAAUUAUGAGAAUCCUUUUGUUGAAACAUCGACAUGUUAACGAACAUCAUGAGAGAGGAUUUAGAUUUCCAAAGAAACAUAGUUAUUCAUCUUUACAGUCUUUGUGGCUUGAGGACGGCGCCGGUUAUGAAGCUAUCAUGAUGGCAAGGUGCUCCGUUUGUUCUGCUCAGGGGCACCUCUGCGGUCCCCACGCUCUGCCACGGUCUUCCAUUCACAGUCUUCACGACAUCGAAAGAAAACGUUCGAGUUUGGCUUCGGAUAUUUUAAAUGCGGUUAAAAACGGUGGUCAUUUCGAUCAAGAUGGGAAAUUGGUUGGAAGUGAUGGUCAUACAAUAGUUGAUAUGAAAGAAGAAACCUACACAGCGAGUACUGAAGAUUUAAAGAAGGUUCAAAAUGAGGAUUUAUUAAAAAAGAUUCCGGAAGGUGCUCAAGGUUCGAGUAUUUUAGUUGGAAAAGUUGAUUUCUUAGAACAACCGGCAAUGGCUUUCAUUCGAUUGGCGGAAGGUGUAAAAAUUCCGUUCCUUUUUGAAGUAAACAUCCCGGUACGUUUUAUUUUCAUCUUGUUGGGACCACCUAAUGUAAUGUUGGAUUACCACGAAGUUGGUCGUUCAAUCUCAACUUUAAUGGCCAAUCAACAAUUUCAUAAUUUAGCUUAUACGGCUGAUAAUAGAAAAGUGUUACUCUCGGCUAUAAAUGAAUUCUUAGACGAUAGCAUUGUUCUGCCACCUGGCGAUUGGGAACACAAAGCUCUACUUCCCAUUGAAGAAUUAAAAGCUAAAAGCGAAGCUAUUAAAAGACGAAAGCAAAGCGCUUUGAUUAUUAAAAGUAAAGAAGUUGAAGCGAUGCAAAAACCUUUGUUAUUGGCUGCUGCCGCUGGUGGUGGUGAUGAUAAAAAGCCACCUUUUGGAGAUCCUCUUGAAAGAACUAGACGGCCUUUUGGUGGGCUUAUUAAUGAUAUAAGGAGACGAUAUCCUCAUUUUAAAAGUGAUUUUACUGAUGCUUUUAAUUCGCCUUGUAUAGCCGCUGCGAUAUUUAUGUAUUUUGCUGCUUUAUCAACUGCGAUUACUUUCGGUGGUUUAGUUGGAGAUAAAACUGAUAAUUAUAUGGGUAUAUCUGAAACUUUAAUGUCAGGGGCAAUUGGAGGAGUACUUUUUACUUUAUUCAGCGGACAGCCAUUAAUCAUAACAGGAGCGACCGGACCGUUAUUAUUAUUUGAUGAAAGUUUGCUUCAAUUUUGCAAAGCAAAUGAUAUCGAAUUUUUAACUGUCCGAGUUUACAUCGGAAUUUGGUUAGCAAUUAUCGCAUUAUUUGUCGCUUCUUUAGAAGGAAGCGUUUUGGUGAAAGCCUUCACAAGAUUUACCCAAGAAAUUUUUUCCGCCUUGAUUUCCCUCAUUUAUAUCAUUGAAAGUAUCCAAAAAUUAAUCUUAGUUUUCCACCAACAUCCAUUACUUACCGAUUAUUGCGGGUUUGACCGGUUUAACGGGAAUUGUACCACAUCUCCCGUUGAUGAAGUUUUUAAUUCGACAAUUUUAAACAUUACCGAAUUUGGAAAUGAAACUUAUUGCAACGAUAUUACAAUAACACCGCCGAUUGGCCCUCCGAUUGUACGCGAUAAAAAUGGAUUAAUUUUAAACCAACCUAACACAGCGUUGAUGUGUGUUAUUUUGGCACUUGGUACAUUUGUCAUCGCUUAUUAUUUGAGAUUGUUUAGAAACAGUCAAUUUUUAGGAAGAAGUGCAAGAAGAGCACUCGGAGAUUUUGGUGUACCUAUAGCAAUAAUAAUGAUGGUUUUAAUGGACUAUUCAACACCUCAGGUUUAUACAGAUAAACUUCUCGUACCCGCCGGAAUAUCACCUACAAAACCAGACUAUCGUGGUUGGCUUAUUAAUCCAGCAGGAACUGAAAAACCAUUCCCGUUGUGGUUAGUUGCAGCUUCUUGUAUCCCAGCUAUGUUGGUUUAUAUCUUGAUAUUUAUGGAAACUCAUAUCAGCGAAUUAAUUGUCGAUAAAAAGGAACGUAAAUUAAAAAAAGGUAGCGGUUUCCAUUUAGACAUAGUAAUUUUGUGUCUAAUAAACAUCGGAAAUGGUUUCUUUGGAGCCCCAUGGAUUUGUGCCGCCACCGUCAGAUCGAUCGCUCACGUAGCCGCUUUAACAAUCAUGUCCAGGACUCACGCUCCAGGAGAAAAACCCCACAUCAUCGAAGUAAAGGAGCAAAGAGUUUCUGGUCUCAUCGUUUCAGUAUUGAUGGGUUUAUCGGUAUUGAUGUCACCGCUUUUACGUCUUAUCCCAAUGUCUGUACUAUUCGGAGUCUUUUUGUAUAUGGGGGUUGCGUCCAUUAACGGAGUACAAAUGUUCGAGCGGAUUCGAUUACUUUUUAUGCCUGUUAAACAUCAUCCUUCAUCAGCACCUUACGUCAAAAGGGUGAGGACGGUGAAAAUGCACCUGUUCACGUUCGUGCAGAUCUUUUGCUUGACCGUUUUAUGGGUCGUCAAGUCGACUAAAGCAUCUUUAGCUUUUCCAUUUUUCCUCAUCUUAUUGAUUCCAUUACGAUCGCAAUUGAAUAAAAUUUUUACACCUGUAGAAUUACGAGGGCUCGAUGGUGAACAACCGGAUUUGGACGAUGAUGAUGAACCCGAUUUUUACGUCGAAGCAACGCUUCCAGGAUAAACCAUUUAAAAGAAAAACAACUUUAAAAAAGAUCUUUAAAGGAAUUUUUAGAAGACAUUUUUAGAAAUCUUUAAAAUAUCAUCAGUUUCUGAUUCGGAUAAGAUCGAAACUGAAGUUUUAACGAAAAGAAAAAAUAUGAUCAGUUUUUAACAGAAACCAGUAUUAAUUGUGCCCAAUAAUAAUAUAUUUUUAAAUGAUUUUACUUAAUUUUACCUUUUUUAGUAGUAGAUGCAACAGGAUUAUGUAUAAAAUAGAUUAUAUUUUAAUUAUGGAUGAGGGUAUAUAGUUACUUAUUAUAGUUAUUAAUUAAAAAGAAAUAUUUGUGCAGUAUUAGAACUAUUAUCAAAGAAAUGAAAAAAAUAGUUUGCAGUAUUACUUCCUUUUUAAUCUAGAUUGUGAUCGCUUGUGUCUCUGAAUUGUUUCAAACUAUUGAUAUUUAACGAUCAAAAUUUGUUUAGUACAAAACAAAGAUAUCGUGUACUUAAAAGUAAACUUAUGAUAUUGUUCAAAAUACUGUUAAAAGUAUCAUAGUUAAGAGUUUCAAACAGACAAAAACCCUACAUUUCUGGCACUAUUAGAACGUAAAUUGUUGAUAUAUCUAAGAUUUCGAAGUAAUACUGUUUCCAGUAGGAGUAGAACUAAAACGAAUUUGACCCGCUAGAGAUAGGUUUUAAGAAGAAAUCGUUGAAACAAAAUUAGAAUUUGUUCUUUAUUUGUUCGUUCUUUUUUUCUAUUAUAUUUCAUUUUCUUAAUAUUUUAAAACAUUGAGGCUUUGGUUAAUUAAUGAGAUACAGAACAAAUCUUUAAACGUAGAUUUUAAGCUAGAAAGAAUAUUUAUUUGUGAGGAUAAAUAGUAUUUCUAACUGUGAUUUAAUAAAAAUGUCUAUUCUAUUUCUAUAAUAUUAUAUUCGGAAUAAUAAAUAUUAUUUCAUUUCAAA